AUGAUACUUCGCUACACUUUACAUGAUUGCUCGCUGACCUCUUGUGGUGUUGCUAGAAUUCAAUCACUUUCGCUAACCACAUAUUUCCAGUCUCCCUCUCUCUCUCUCUCUCUCUCUCUCUCUCUCUCUUUGGAUCUAAAGAAUCGACUGGUGUUCGCACAGCAUACACAUAGUUCUUCAUUCAUUGUACAUUUUUUCUCCAGCUCAACAAUGCGGUGGGAGAAAUUUAAGCUGACAGUAGGGACGGCUGUAAAGCAGCCCCCUGAUACAAGAUGGAAUGUUAGGCGCGAUGCUGUUCACGUUGUAAAAGCGAAGUUGGAUCACAUAGCUAAAAUGUUGGAGGAUAUGGCAAGUGACAGUAUCACUCGACACAAGAAACAACGCCAGGUGCUUGCUGCACAACAUGCAAACUUUCAGCUUCCUAAUUAUGCUGCCAUUCUGGGACGACGUCUUGACUUUCAUUGA